ACCGGAAAUACUUCUCUCAUGUCCACAACAGGUUCACACGCAGUGCUGCUGCGUAUGAUCGUUGUCUUUUAUUAUUGGAAGUGUCGAUGAUUAUGGAAUAAGUCAUUUUAAUUAAGUGUGAGAAAAAAAAAAACGUCACAAGUAUGGCUACAAAACGUAAAGCGGAUGUAACAGUGCCUGCAGAAGAAAGCGACCAGCUUCUCAUUAGACCACUAGGAGCUGGUCAAGAGGUGGGCAGGUCUUGUAUCAUCCUAGAGUUCAAGGGCCGUAAAAUCAUGCUGGACUGUGGCAUCCACCCUGGAUUGGAGGGCAUGGAUGCAUUGCCUUACAUUGAUUUGAUAGACCCAGCUGAGAUUGACCUGCUCCUCAUCAGCCAUUUUCACUUGGAUCAUUGUGGAGCCUUGCCAUGGUUUCUACAGAAGACAAGUUUCAAAGGGAGGACUUUCAUGACUCAUGCCACCAAAGCCAUUUACCGCUGGUUGCUUUCAGACUAUGUGAAAGUCAGCAACAUCUCAGCGGAUGACAUGCUGUACACCGAGACCGAUUUAGAAGAAAGCAUGGAUAAGAUCGAGACCAUCAACUUCCAUGAAGUGAAAGAGGUGGCGGGCAUCAAGUUUUGGUGCUACCAUGCAGGUCAUGUUUUGGGAGCAGCCAUGUUCAUGAUUGAGAUUGCAGGAGUGAAGCUACUGUACACCGGAGAUUUCUCCCGUCAAGAAGACAGACAUCUCAUGGCAGCUGAGAUCCCCAGCGUAAAACCAGACAUUCUCAUCACAGAGUCCACAUAUGGCACACACAUCCAUGAGAAGAGAGAGGAGAGAGAGGCUCGUUUCUGUAACACAGUCCAUGACAUAGUGAACCGCGAGGGCCGCUGUCUCAUCCCUGUGUUUGCUUUGGGUCGGGCCCAGGAACUGCUGCUCAUUCUAGAUGAAUACUGGCAGAAUCACCCUGAACUCCAUGACAUUCCUAUCUACUAUGCCUCCUCCCUGGCUAAGAAGUGCAUGGCUGUCUACCAAACCUACGUGAACGCCAUGAACGACAAGAUCCGCAAGGCCAUCAACAUUAACAACCCUUUUGUCUUCAAGCACAUCAGCAAUCUCAAGAGCAUGGACCACUUCGACGACAUCGGCCCUAGUGUGGUGAUGGCAUCCCCUGGUAUGAUGCAGAGCGGUCUCUCCAGGGAGCUUUUCGAGAGUUGGUGCACUGACAAGAGAAAUGGCGUCAUCAUCGCCGGUUAUUGCGUGGAAGGAACUCUCGCCAAGCAUAUCAUGUCUGAGCCGGAGGAGAUCGCCACCAUGUCAGGACAGAAGCUUCCCCUGAAGAUGUCCGUGGACUACAUCUCGUUCUCUGCUCAUACGGAUUACCAGCAGACCAGCGAGUUCAUCCGAGCUCUGAAACCUCCUCAUGUGAUCCUGGUUCACGGAGAGCAGAAUGAGAUGGCUCGAUUGAAAGCCGCCCUGAUUCGAGAGUACGAGGACAACGAUGAGGUUCACAUCGAGGUGCACAACCCUCGUAACACUGAGGCCGUCACGCUGAACUUCAGAGGAGAGAAACUGGCUAAGGUGAUGGGCUCUCUUGCGGAUAAGAAGUGUGCACAAGGUCAGAGGGUCUCUGGCAUCCUGGUGAAAAAGAACUUCAGUUAUCACAUCCUCUCCCCCUCUGACCUCUCCAAUUACACUGAGCUGGCCAUGAGCACAGUGAAACAGACUCAAGCCAUUCCAUUCACUGGCCCCUUUCCCCUGCUUUUGAAUCAGCUACGCCACCUGACAGGGGAUGUAGAGGAGAUUGAGACGUCAGAGAAGAGCACACUAAGAGUGUUUAACAGCAUCACAGUGGUUCAUGAUCAAAACUUGGUCGUGUUGGAGUGGUUUGCCAACCCUCUGAAUGACAUGUACGCUGAUGCCGUGACCACAGUGGUGCUGGAGGUGCAGUCAAACCCUAAAGCUCAGAAAGUUGUUCAGCCCCAAGAAAAGAAGAUGGAUGUGGAUGUUUACCAGAGCAGAUUACUGAAAAUGUUCCAAGACAUGUUUGGAGAGGAGUGUGUCGACUUUAAAGACAAGAACUGUCUCGCUGUAAGUGUAGAUGAGAAGACUGCCUACAUCAACCUGGAAACCCGAACCGUGGAGUAUGAAGAAGCUGAUUCUGAAGAUGAUUCUCUCAGAGAAAUGGUGGAGCUCGCUGUGCAGAGGCUGUAUGAAGCCAUGAACCCUGUCAUGUGAGAUCGCCAAUUCCCAUCUGCCUUCAAUCACGCUCUUAAUUUCCCUCAAGAACUUUUGUUAUUACAGUCCAUCUCACUUGAACUACUUAAACCAGACUGAAGACAGUACACCAGAUUUUGGACUGGCUAAAGCACUUCAAAGGAUUGAAUUGCUAUUAAAAUUGAAUGGAUACCAGUUAAAGAUGGAUGUUGAUACGUGCAUUCAGGAGUCACUGUUCUGUAAUUCCACUAGUUAAAUAUACAUUAUUGUUUAAAAUUGUUUUUGUCGUCUUUUUUUCUUAUCUGACAUUUUAUUUUCAACUAAGCCUAUAAUUUGUUUAAGAUCAGUGUAUUGAUUUAAUAAAAGAGGUUUUUGAGUGAA